UCCAUUUUCUUCUCAAAAGUUGCAGAGACGCCAGUUCUUCGCCCUUUGCUUCUUAUAAACUCCUCGUCUCUCCGUCGCAGUUUUCAUUUCAAUCAAGACGAAUCGAAGCCGAGGAAGACGAUCCAGAUCCAGAUCCAGCGAGGUGCAGCCAUGGAUGUGAGGAUGGUUAAUCUGGAUGGCCCUCUGUUUUCUUCUCUGCAGCACCUGAUCGACGCACCCGACGAGAUGGAGAAGGCGAUGGGCGCGUCCUCCCACGCGUACGCCCGCGACGCGAAGGCCAUGGCGUCCACUCCAGCCGACGUCAAGGAGCUCCCUGACGCCUACGUCUGCGUCGUCGACAUGCCCGGUCUCAAGCCCGCCGACGUCAAGGUCCUGGUCGAGGACGACCGCGUCCUCAUCGUCAGCGGCGAGCGCAAGCGCCAGGACGAAGAGGGCAACGCCAGGUACCUGCGGAUGGAGCGCCGCGUCGGCAAGUUCAUGCGAAAGUUCGCCCUCCCCGACAAUGCCGACGUGGACGCCGUCUCCGCCGUCUGCCUGGACGGCGUGCUCACCGUCACUGUCAAGAAGGUGCCCCCGCGGGAGCCCAAGACCGUGGACAUCAAGGUCGCCUGAGCCGUCCGUGAUCAGAUUCCCCCUCCUCUGCCGCCGCUAGGGUUUCGUCGUCGUGCGAGAUGAAGGACGGGAAGCCGAGGAAGGAGAGGAGAUCCGGCGGAGCAAGGAGGAGAGGAACGGAGACCGGCGCCGCGAAAGGGAAAGUUUCCUUCUUUUUUUUAAUUGCACAUAUUCUUAUUGAUAAAGUAAAUUGAAA